ACCGAAGCAGCCUCCCUUCUUCUCAGUUAUCUCAGACUCACGCUCGCCAUUUUUCCUUUGGUUUUCUUCUCCAAACCAACGAUUCUUUCUUCUUCUUCUUCUUCUUCUUCUUCUUCUUCUUCCUUCUUAUUCAGGUUUGAGGAUGUCAUACGCUUAUCUCUUCAAGUACAUCAUAAUCGGCGAUACCGGGGUUGGGAAAUCGUGUCUUCUUCUUCAGUUCACUGACAAGCGGUUCCAGCCAGUCCACGACUUAACCAUUGGGGUUGAAUUUGGGGCCAGGAUCAUCACUAUUGACAGCAAACCCAUCAAGCUCCAAAUUUGGGAUACUGCGGGUCAAGAAUCAUUCAGAUCAAUUACAAGGUCCUACUACAGAGGGGCUGCCGGUGCAUUGCUAGUCUAUGAUAUCACCAGGAGAGAAACUUUCAAUCAUUUGGCUAGCUGGCUGGAAGAUGCAAGACAGCAUGCAAAUGCAAACAUGUCGAUUAUGCUCAUUGGUAAUAAGUGUGAUCUUGCUCACAGAAGGGCUGUGAGCACAGAGGAAGGUGAGCAGUUCGCAAAGGAGAACGGGUUGAUCUUCAUGGAGGCCUCUGCAAAAACUGCUCAGAAUGUUGAGGAGGCAUUCGUGAAAACGGCUGCAACAAUAUAUAAGAAGAUUCAGGAUGGAGUUUUUGACGUGUCAAAUGAGUCUCAAGGGAUAAAGGUUGGAUAUGGUGGAAUCCCAGGGCCAUCAGGAGGCAGAGAUGGCUCUUCUUCUCAAGCUGGAGGCUGUUGCAAUUGAAAUUUGAGACUCCACUUGCUAAAUGCAUUCUCUCUACUUGCUCAUGUCUUUUUUAGUUCUGUCCCUUGUUAUUCUGUUGUCUGCAUAUUAACUUGUUUUGCAGAUAUGAAUGUCUUGUGCAUAUGACAAUAUAUUUGUAUAAUCCUUGCUGAUAUCUGAAUUCGUAUAUAUAGAAGGCUUGCCUGUUCUUCUUCUCA